GAAGCAUCAGGCUGAGUUGAAUAGAUGCGCGCCUCAGAUUAGUAGUUAAGCAUCGCAAGUCUGGAAUGGUUCAAAUCACCUCUCUUUCAUUUCCUCUGCUAUUGUUUCGAGUUCCUAACCUUUCACUGGACCUAUCUCCUUUGCCCAGAAACGAACAUUUCAAUCCGAUUCGUAAUGGCAGAUGGCACCCAGGCCAGAACACCGGCUGGAGAAGCGGCCGGACUCCGUCCAGUAGCUUGCUGGAAAUGUCGGAGGCGGCGAUCGUAUUGCUCAAAAGACUAUCCUAAAUGCUCCCGCUGCAAAGAGAACAACUUAGAGUGUGUGUAUCCAGAUGGAAGAAAGAUCACAGUGUCAGAGAGCUAUUUACGAAGUUUAGAGGCUAGAGUUAAAGCGUUUGAAGAUGCUGCCGCCUUAUCGGCGUCACCAUUGGCGCCAGACUGGUCGUCGGUCGGGAUACCGGACGAGGAGGGAAACGAGGAAGGUCCUCAACAGCCUGAGGAUGGAGUCAGAGAAGUGCUCCAAGGAGUCUCAGUGCUUUCAUUCGAUUCGACGGGUAGAUCAAGGGCUCAAUACUUUGAAGGCUUCGCAUCUACCGCGCUUGGUCGAAGAUUGAGUAACAUAGCGGGAAUGCCUAGCGUCGGCACCCUCGAUAUCGGCUGCGAGCCAUUCUCGUACAAUCGUGCUGCUCUUCGUGUCAGAAAGCAGCCAGCGAGCAAAGUCUUCCGAUUUCCCCCUCUGCAGGUUGCAAACGGCUGGUACUCUGCCCAUUACUCAUAUAUCGGCACCAUUUUCUCGUUUUCCACGCGGGAAUGGUUUGAUCAGCACCUAGCCAAAGCAUACUCAGGCCCGCCUAAUACAGCGGACCCGGAGGCGUGCCUAGCGUAUGCCAAAGUACUCACGAUUCUAGCAUUCGGACAGCUCUAUUCUGUAAACCAAUGGGACUCCUUUGACGGGCCUCCUGGGUUCGAACUCUUCUGUCACGCUGUGCAAUAUUUGCCUAGCAUCCACGAAGAAAGCUCUCUGCUCUUUGUAGAAACGCUUGCAUUGGUUGGUUAUUACAUGCAAAAUCUCGGCGAAAGAGACGCUGCAUUCCUGUACGUUGGUACCGCUUUACGAAUGGCGAUAUCGCUUGCUCUGCAUCAAGAAGUGAAAAGUACACAAUUAGAUGAAGCACAAAAGGAGCGGAGACGACGGGUGUGGUGGAGCGUCUACUCCAUGGAUCGCAUCUUGACGAUCAAGAGUGGAAAUCCAAUCAUGGUCCAGGAUGAAGACAUUGGUGUCAAUCCUCCUUCUCGCCUUCCCGACGAGCCUCAAUAUGGCCCGUGGAUUGUUUUAAGGUGUUACACCGAGCUGUCUAAAAUUCUGACGCGUAUCAUGAACGAGGUGUACCGUGCUCCCUACCGAACCGGCUCUAACCUCAUGGCUUCUGUUCAAGGUAUUCUCGCUGCUCUUUCAGCGUGGAAUCGAGAUCUACCACCCGAGCUCAGAUUCAAUAUCGACAAGCUUGAUUUCACCCGGGAGUCCGUCAGUUCCUUUUUACACUACUACCAAUGUAUCAAUAUGACCGUCAGGCCACUCUUGUUCUUGGUGGUCGAGAGGAGAAUGAAAUGGAGCCCGGAAGAAAGAGCGAAAGACUGGAGGUAUGAUUUGUCCACACCGACGAUCAGCGCUAUCGAGACGUGCAUUUCAGCCGCCCAGGACACGAUUGCGAUGAUCACAAUUGCGGCGCAAAAGAAUUUGUUCGCUACAUACGGUUACAUGGAUGGCGAGCAUUGCUUUUCCGCUGCACUCGUUCUCGUCCUCGUUUGUCUCGCCUUCCCAUGUGGCGAAUCGGAGUUUAAAGCAAUGGACUCAGCUUUGCGUAUGCUUCAACUUAUCGUCGACCGCGGUAACAACAACAUGGCCCCGCGACUACAGCUCCUACAACAAGUGCGGUCUAGUAUCACUACGCCCGCUGGCGUGACAAUCCCUGCUCAAUUUACACCGAGCGCGGGCGACGCUCUCCACAACGCGCACUUAGAUCCAAUGAUGAUAAGCUUUCCGCAUGUUGACAGCGCUGCACUUGGGGAGCCUUGGCUAGACUCGAACUCAGGUGACUUGAGCUUGUGGGAAGAGGGUUAUAUGUCAAACGAUCCCCAUAUUGAGUACGACUUGCUUCAAUGGACGCAGCCAUUAGAUCACACCUGGACGUCCGGAAGCAUCUAGACCAAUCAAAUCUUGGUCUGGAAUUUGCGAUCCAUUCGGAACCUAAGCGUGCCAACAAGUAUGGCUGCGGCUAGGGACAUUGAACCGGAGUAAUACAUAGCUGGACGGUAAGCUUGGAAACCAGCCUGCUCGCCUCCAAAAGCUGCUAGUAGAUAUCCUGCUAUAGGACCGCCCAAAAGAUACCCUCCAGCCCAACCCGUCACAAUCAUGCCCAUGGCCGUCGCAACUUGAGCUGUGCCGAAGACACUGCCAACUGCCGUCGGUAUCGUAGAAAAGAAACCGCCAUUUGCAGCACCACCAAUGAUAACGAAUAGGGUCAGUGGGACCAAGUUUUGUGAUACUGGCCAUAUGGUCAACAUGCCAAUAGCGCUCAUGAAUAAGCUGAGAAAUAGCGCAUGGAUUGGCCCGAUCCAGUCACAAAGGAAUCCAAAUCCAACACGACCAAAUGCAGAUGAAAGAUUGAAACCUGCAACAAGUGCUGCGCCGGUCGAGGCAGAGAGACCAAUAGAGUUCGAGUAAAGUGGAAUGAAGAAUGGAGGAACGAAAAGAGGGAACGUAGCUAUGGCUCCAAUCAAGAAAAGCAGUAGGAAUUUGAAGUCUCGGAACAAACUCCAUUCGACGAACGUUCGACGCUUGAUUGUCGCACGGUCUCUGAGAAACCACGCAGCUGGUAUUCCCGUUGCUAUGGUGAUCAGCCCAAGGAUUCGAAAAGUCCACGCGACAUCGGUAUCCUUUAUCAGUUUUUCCAUGGCCAAGGCUAUUACAGUUCCUCCAAGCCCACCGCCGGCAUAGACAAUACCGUUGGCUAGGCCGCGUUUACGCAGGAAGUAUUGCGAUGGUGUGACCGAAGCAGCCAUGAAGGAUAGGCUAUAUGGGGUCAGCAUGGACCAGAAAAGUGGUGAUGUGAAAGAUUCUACCUUGUUCCAAUACCUUGCACAAGUCCGACGCAAACAAACAGACACGCUACAUUGUUAGGUGCGAAGCUAACGAGCAGGCCGCCGAGUCCAACAAAAAAGACACCAAGGAUACCUGUCCAACGGGAUCCAAUUGACAUGAGUAGUCGGGCAUUUGUAAUAGCAAAUAUUGAGAUGCAAGCUGGUGUCAGACCACCAACAAAGCUUAGAGUCGAUGCCGAUGCAACAUUUUGCUCUACAAGCUCUUUCUGAACAACACCCCAACUGUAAGACAUGCCUGUGAACCAGAAAGCUACAAU